AUGGAGCUCUCCAAACGACAACAGCUUGCCGAUUUGAACACCAAGAUCCCCGACAUUGAGAAGAAUCUCGCCGUGAUCGCCGAGCUCAAGGCGGCGCAAGCCGAAGACGCCCCCGAGCCCCUCGAGACGAACUACGAGCUCAACGAUACCCUCUACUCGCGUGCCGAGAUCGAUGUCAAGGCGACGAAGCUGGUGUAUCUCUGGUUGGGCGCCGACGUGAUGUUGGAGUACCCUUUGGACGAGGCGGUGGCGUUGUUGACCGAGAGAUUACAGAAGAACCGCGACCAGGCGGCUAUGGUGCGCGAGGACUUGGAGUUCUUGAAGGAGAAUAUCACCACCAUGGAGGUGAAUACCGCCCGCUUGUACAACUGGGAUGUCGAGCGGAGAAAGCAGGAGCGCGCCGCCACCGCUCUGAGCUAA